GCGAAUCACAGAUGGGUAAAGCCUGAAUAGAAACGAAACUGCACUUAACUUGAAUGGGAUCCAGUUUUAAAAUCUGCAUUUUAAAUGUCACCAGAAAUGCCUGGUCUGCUUGUAUCAUGUGAGUGGCUUAAGAAUGCACUGGAUAACAACACACCAGACCUGGUGGUGGUGGAUGUCACAUGGGCCAGCACUAAGAACUGUCGGGAGGACUAUGACAAGGAACACAUUCCUGGAGCUGUAUUUAUCAAUGUGAUGGAUGCUGAACACACUAACUUGUUUCCCCGCAACAUUCCCACACUGGAGUCAUUCGGAAAAUUUGCCAGGGCAGUCGGGAUAAACCGAGACUCUCAUGUGAUCAUCUACAGCAACUCACACACAUGUGGCUUCUUUUGCUCUGGAAGAGGUUGGUGGUCGUUCAGGAUAUUUGGUCAUUCAAAUGUAUCGGUUUUAAAUGGUGGCUUAGCUAAAUGGAAAUCUCAUGGUUAUCCAACAACUGAUGCCAUUUCAACUGUUAAGGAAGGUAAUUUUGAAUCAACAUGGAAUAAAGCAUUCUAUUGCACAUUUGAGGACGUCAGAGAUAAUUUGACAUCUAAAGAGUUUGAGCUGUGUGACUCGAGAUCUCCUUCAGCUUACCAUGGGGUUGAUUCCCCUGGACAUAUAGUAGGAGCCUAUAACAUUCCAUUUGCGUCAUUGGUGAAUGUAGAAAGAAUGGAGUUCAAGUCUGUAGAUGAGUUGAAAGAAGUGUUUUCUGAAGCAGGUGUUGAUGUCAACAAACCGGUUGUUGGCCAUUGUAACAGUGGAAUGUCAUCAUGUAACACCGUACUGGCAGCACUGCUCUGUGGAAGUCCCAGGGCGGCUCUGUAUCAUGGUGGCUUUACAGAAUGGAAGAAACGAGUUCCAGACCUCAUUGAAAAGUAGACUGAUUCUUGCUUAUACGACUACUGACUUUGACUUUUACAAAAAUGUGUGUGCAGCGUACAUUUGUGAAAAUGUUAAUAUGCCAGUUUAGUUGAAGAACUAGCUAAUGGCUUCUCCCGUCUCACCAUUUCUCACCCGAUAUUCCUUUAUAUAAGAUUAAUUGUUAUAUAAUAUGAAGACUUAGUGAUUUAAAAAUGUACUCUUUUUUUACACACAUCUGUCUUGUAACUCAUUUUAGAAUAUUGUGCAGGGCUUCUAGAAUUUUAAUAAAAACCCACUAGCCAUGGGAUCAUUCAUUUUAAAAAUUUACUAGCCAUGAUUAAAAAUUCACUAGCCCUUCUUUAAGUAAAUACACUUUUACUACUACUAAUAAUCGGAUAUGUCAAUUAAAGAGGAAGAUGGAGCUUAAAACCCCUUAGAUUGGGAAUGGGGGGGAGAAAGGGGGCAGGAUAUUCAUUUACAAAAUAAGACUUAAAUGCAGCAUUUGACAAGGUUUUGUUUUCAUUAGCCGUCGGGCUAGUUAUAGUAGUUAUUUACUAGCCCAACACUGAAUAUCGCUAGCCAUGGGAGUGGGGCUAACAUAAUCUAGAAGCCCUGCUGUGUUGUAUUAUCCCCAGUGCUCUGGAAGUACCGGUAAGAGAAAAUGUUUCAGAGUUGUUACAAAAAGGAACAAAUGAAUGGCUUCUUUGAACAUUAUUGACUGAUUUAUAUGGUGUACGGAUGCCUACUUUUGAUGUACAGAUUGUAUUAUUUUGGUACAAAACAUUAGUGUCAUACACAUUUAAUAAAAUAUGUUUU